AUGGCGGCGCAGGUCGAACCCCUGCCGCAGCUCAAACUCGCCGCGGGCCCCUCGCCCAUCACGGCCGAGCAGCGCUACUGGCGUACCUUUAAGAACCAGCUGCUGCUGCCCUCGCCGACGAACUACCCGGUGACACACAUUUCCUGCGGCAGCGGCGGCGACACCUUUGCCGUGACCACCGGCACGCGCGUGCAAAUCUACUCUACGCGCACGCGUAAGCUGCUCAAAACCAUUACACGCUUCGGCGACGUGGCGCGCAGCGGCGACAUUCGGCGCGACGGCAAGGUGCUGGUUGCGGGCGACGACACGGGCAAGGUGCAAGUCUUUGACGUCAACUCGCGCGCAAUUCUGCGGACGUGGACACAGCACAAGCAACCGGUGUGGGCGACGCACUGGUCGCCGACGGAGAUGACGGCGCUGCUGAGCGCGAGCGAUGACAAGACGGUCCGGCUAUGGGACUUGCCGAGCGCGGAGCCGGUGGCCACGUUUGCGGGCCACGCGGAUUAUGUGCGGUGCGCGCGAUUCCUGCCGGGGACGACGGCCAAGAUGAUGAUUUCGGGCAGCUACGAUGCGACGGUCAAGCUGUGGGAUCCGCGUGUGGGCAGCGGCGUGGCGGCCAUGACAUUCAAGCACGCGGCGCCCGUCGAGGAUGUGCUCUCACUGCCGGGUGGCACGACGGUGCUGGCUGCCGCGGACAGCUGCGUCAGCGUGCUAGAUCUCGUCGCCGCGCGGCCGCUGCGGCUCAUCUCCAACCACCAAAAGACGGUCACCUCGCUGAGUCUCGCCUCGGACGGGCGGCGCGUCGUCACGGGCGGCCUUGAAGGCCACGUCAAGGUCUUCGAGACGACCGGCUGGAACGUCGUCAACAGCGUCAAGUAUUCGUCCCCCAUCCUCGCCGUCCAGGUUAUCCCCUCUCCCACCAGCGACAGCGAUUCCGCACCGGCGACGGACCGCCACCUCGCCGUCGGCAUGCAGUCCGGCGUGCUCUCCCUGCGGACCCGUCUCACUGGCCCCGAAGCGCACCGCGAGAGGGAACGCGAGCGUGAAAUGGAAGCCCUCGUUGCCGGCCGCGGCGACGCCCUUGACGCCAAGAAACAAAAGCGCAAGCGCCGCGCCGCGGCACAGCACCGCCUUGACCUCGUCGGCGAGGGCGCCGACGUCGUCAUUGCUGCCCACGACCCCUCGCGCGGCGGCAGCAACAGCCGCAAAAAGGAGCGCCCCUGGCAGGCCGACCUCCGACACGCGCGGUACGCCGCCGCGCUGGACCGUGUCGUCGACCGUACCGCCCCCGACUACGCGCCGCUCAGCGCUCUUUCCCUGCUACUUGCCCUGCGGCACCGCGGCUCCGUCCGUGACGCCCUCGAGCGCCGCGACGAGCAGGCCGUCCUGCCCAUCCUGAAAUGGGUCUGCGCGCACGUCUGCGAUCCGAGAUACGUCAGCGUCUGCGUCGAGGUCGGCAUGCACCUGCUCGACAUGUAUGCCGAGUACGCCGACGCCUCGGCGGAGCUGGCCGACGGGUUCAAGACGCUGCAUCGGCGCGUCCGCGCAGAGGUGGACCGUGCGCAGGUAGCGAGCCAGACGGGCGGCAUGCUGGAUAGCUUGAUUUUGGGAUGCGUCUGA